GCCAACACCUCACCAAACAAACAUGGCGCCGGCCAACGGCUGCGCGCCCUCACCUGUGGUCCCGUUACCGACUGACUAACUGAGCGGCUGCAGCGGGCACCACAGCAAAGACGUUUAUGGUGGAUUGGUGACGUGUCGGAAUUCCAAUGUUGCAGUGAUUGAGUACAGCUAACACCAUGCGGAAGAGGACCCCACAACUUGUAAUCAGUGGACCACAAGCAUCAAAUAGUGAUAUGCAAAGCCCGGUCUCCUCUGUUAUAAAUCCAAGGACUAGAUCACCGUCCCCAACGAGUAGACCUCAUACUCCAGAUUUAUACAACCCCUCUGAUUUUGCCGUGCAGCAGCUUGAUAUCAGUGAUGAAAGCGAAGGAGGAUCUGCCAUUACAUAUUACACUGGAAGGGAUACAGUUUCUAAGAGCCCUGGAAUCCGAUACAUCACUGAGAACCUGAUCAAAAAAUUGUCAAAACAAGAACAGUUGAGUUCUGUCCAGUCCCUCAAUCUUUGCCUAUCGAAAGCAGGAGGGAAGAAGUUUAAGUUUAUAGAAAAGCUAGAAAAAUGUGACCAUCUACUUGUCCUGAAUUUGAACAAUAAUGUUAUUGAGAAAAUAGAAAAACUGGACAAACAAUUGAAGCUACGUGAACUUAGUCUUUCAUACAAUCGAAUCCGUAAAAUUGAAGGUCUGGAGCACAUGGUAAACCUUCAGAAUCUGAUGCUUGCUGGAAAUUAUAUUGAACAAAUUCCUGCAUGGGUUGGAAAGAAGUUGCGAUCUCUUCAUGUCCUCAGCCUCAAACAGAACAAUAUUACAUUGCUUCAAGAUAUAUCCAAACUGAAAUCUUUGAAAGAGUUGACUUCACUAAUCCUGACAGAUAAUCCUUUAGCUAGUCUUCCACAUUAUCGACAGUAUGUCAUAUAUCACUUACGCUCUUUGAACUAUUUGGAUGGGCGGCCAAUAACAUUCCAGGAAAGACAAGAGGCUCACGAUCGAUUUCAUUUAGAGGAACUAGAGAAUCUUGAGAACGAACUUGAAAGGAAGAAGAAAGAGAUUCAAUUGUUAGAACAGAAGCAAUCCAAAACAAUGGAGAACGUCAAAAACCAAGAACAACUGAACAAGUCACUUCAGCUAGAACACCAACAACAGAAGAACAGCUGCAAUAAACUGGAGACAGAGGUGGAGACCAAGAAUGAGCUGUUUUUCCUGCCGAUGUCUAUUGAAGCCUUGCUGCACACUUGUCUUCAGCUUAAGCGGAAGACAGCAGAACUAACGCGGGCUUGUCAAAAGCAAUACCAGCUGGAGCAAGAAUUAGCAUUUUACAAGAUUGAUGCCAAGUUUGAACCGCUGCAUCACGUCCCAACUGAAAAUUUUGAUGUGGAUGAUAUUCCAAAUGAGAGUCCUUACAUUGGGAAGGCCAUGUACAAGAGAAACCAAUACAUCCAAGAAGCACAUAUCCUUGCCCCUGAGCAGCAUGGAAACAUUGGAAAAAUUCAAUUUGAUGUCGAUGAUGAACAAAAGAAUGAAUUAAGAGUAAAACUUAAUCAGGCACUGGAUGCCCAGCUGGAAGACAAGGAAAAGAAAAUUCUGAAAGCUGAAGAGUCACUAAGACAACUGCAGGAUGAAAAAGAAAAGACACAACAGCAAGUUUUGAGAACAGUUGAAGAACUAAAAAAUCUGGAAGAGUUAACGGCACAAAAACAGAUUUCGGAACUUGAGAAAGAGCAGCUACAACAGCAGUUAGCUGAGAAGCUCCAGCUUAUUAACCAUUUGCGGAAAGAGACUGAGAAAGUGGAGCAGCAGAUGGAAAGACAAUGGAAAGAGAUGGAAAGAAAACAGCAUGAGAUUCUUGAUCUUGAAAGGGACUUGAAGUCUGUUGAUCCUAAAGAUCCAAAACAUGCACAUUUGAGAGCUCAGAUGGUGAGUAAAACCCAACAGCUUGACAUGAUGUCCAAGCAAUACAAGCAGUUGGAGAAACACCUAGAUGAAAUGCUUUCUAGGAUUGUGAAAGAAACUGAGAGCAUCAAAGAUCUGGAAGAGCAGCUGACUGAAGGCCAGAUAGCAGCUAAUGAAGCAUUGAAACGAGACCUGGAGGGUAUUAUUGCUGGAUUGCAGGAGUAUUUGGAGAGUGUAAAGGGACAGGCAAAGCAAGCUCGGGAGGAAUGCACAGAGUUGCAGAAGGAAAAGGGGACACUAUUGCAUCGACUGGCUGACCUGGAACAACAGAAGAAUCAACUAGAAAUAGUUGCCAUGGAUGCAGAUAACUUGAGAAAGGAACUGUCUGACAUGGAACGUUCUUUACAAGAACAGCAGGAAUUGAAUGAAUCCUUGCGCCAUGCUCAAGGUGACUUCAGUGAGUAUGAGGCUGAAUUAGAAUCUCAACUUCAAGCAAGGGACAUUGAAGCAAACCAACUAAGAGAGGAACUGGAUCGACUGCGGAAGCUCAGUCAAAUGGAACAAUCUGCCCUGCAAGCUGAAUUGGAAAAGGAAAAACAAGCAUUGGAGAAUGCUUUAGUACAGACUCAACUAGUGGCUGAAAAGGAGCAUGUAAACAAAAAGCUUGUUGCACAAGUAAAAAAUCUACAGAUUGAUAACUCCUUGUUGAAAGAACAGCUUAAGGAGUUACAGUCUCGCAUGAAUCAAGCAAGCAAGACCAUGAUUCACCCAGAUGAGGUGUCUGCUCGUAUCUCUGAACUUCGAAGAAAACUGGAUUCUGGUAUUUGGGAAAUCAGGCCUUAUAACCAAGGAGAUACUUUGGGGAGGAACCUUGCCGAAUUGCAGAAGCAGUUGAAUGAAAUUCUAAGGCGUUCACAACAAGAAAAAGAGGAAGUAUUAUGUCACUGCAGGAGAUUAGAGCAGGAAAUGAUGACAUUACAGGAAGAAUUGAAGAAUACUCAGGAGAAUUCCAAAAGCGCUUAUGAGAAAGCAGCAGAGACAUUGAUAAAGUCUGAGAAGCGGAUUGGUCAAGCUCAAGCACAGCAGCUGAAGAAUAAAAUUGCAAGUCUCCAGGAGCAAUUGAGAAAUAUGCAAGAGUUACAGGCUCUUGCCGACAAGCAGCUCCAGGAGGCGGACGAAGACCGGGAUCAACUUUUACAAGAACUUGAAGAUAAAGAGAACAAAGGUAAAAUGGAGGAUGCAAGAACUCACUUAAAGUUGUGUAAUCUUGAGAAGGAGGUGAAAGACUUGAAGGCAACCAUGACUGCUUCUGACAAGAUGGAUUCCAAAGAGCUCUUCACGGCCAAGGACCGCAUGAGAGCUCUUCGGGGAACUGUUCAAAAACUCAAUCAAGAGAGGACAGAGGAAAUGGAAAUAGCAGAAAAGUUCCACGCUGAAUCAAUUCGGGCGGCUCGAGGUCUUGCCAAAGCAGAGGCUGAAAUUGAGCUGCUGCAAAGCCUACUAAAGGACAAAGAAAACCAGAUUCUGGAUGAAAUGCAGACUUUUGAAUUUGGAGCAAAAAGUGUGAAUACCCAGCAGCUGGAAAUUGAAAGACUAAGUCGAGCUCUAAAUCGACAACAAGCAGAAGUGAAGCGCCUCCAAGAUCAUCUGAAUCAUACAAGAGAGGGUAAUUUAACUGAAAUGGAAGACUUGAUGGAUGAAAUCUCUGCUCUCAGAAAUAUCCUAAGCAAUCAGAAUGAUUACAUUACCAGUAUAACGGAUCCAUUGAAAAGAAGAGGGUACUGGUACUUUGUGCCGUCUUCAACAAAACCAUCAAGCCUGAAGUCUCAAAACAGUCACACAAAAGAUUCUGGAUUCAGUUCUCUGCAUCAAGUUCCACCAUCUCCAAGUCCUGGAUCAAUUCCUAGAAGAGGAGGCAAGGAAGAGUAUACGUCAUCAGUUCCAGGAGGCUACUGGGUUUAUUCACCAAUAAGACGUACCUCACAAUGGACUCGUAUCCAUAGAGCAGGUGAUGAAGAAGAUAGUGGGACCGAAAGUGAUGAAAAUGGAACUCCUAAACAAGCAUUUAUUGCCCCACCUGGAUCAGUUAUUUACACAAUGUACCCUGAUGCUACUCCUUUGCCGCAAGGGACUGUAGUAUAUGGACCUCCACCUGCACAACCAGCCAAUGUUACACCUGUCUGCCCAGGCACAAUUAUUUAUGGACCACCACCACCUGGUACACAAGUUGUUUAUGGACCUCCUCCUGUCAACUUUACCAUCCCUCUUAUUCCUGACGGUGUUCUUCACUGCAAUGUGCUGGAGCACCAUGAUCUGGAGAAUGAAGUCAGUAAACUAGAAGAUAUAGUAGCACAUUUAAGAUCUCGUAAAUCCAAGGAUCCAAAAACAACUGCUUCCGUAGAGCGUCAUCAUGAGCAGAUUGAACAACUUCGUCGUGACAUCCAAGACCUAUUGCAUGACAGGGAAGAGUUGGAGCAAGAAGUUGAGGAACUGCACAAGGUGGUCCAUAAACGCAGCAAUCAAAAAGACUUUUUAGAUGGCCAUAUAGAUCUGCUUGUGAAUGAACUUGAAGUAGAAAAGUCCCUGAAGAGACAUGAUGAUGUCAUUGAUGAAAUUGAAUGUGUUGAAUUAACUCUCUCAAAGCGAAGGGCAGAGUUACGAGAAGCCGAUAGACUAUUAAUGGAGGCUGAGACGGAUCUCAAAAGUACGAGGGAAAAGACAAAAGAAAUGCUCCAACGAUAUGAUGAUUCCAGAAAACAUUUGGAAGACACUCAGAAAGAUGCAGAAGAGCUGGAGCAAAGGGCACAUGACACUGCAGUUAAAUUAGUUAAAGCUGAUAAGCAACUCAGACUAAUGAAGAAUGAUUUGAAAGACCUUGAACAACAUAAGGCAGAACAAGAGAGUAUGCUGAGAAAAGUUAACAAAGAAGUAUCUACAGGAAAUUUAGAAUUACAGACACUUGUACAGAAAAUGGAAAACAUGACUGAAAGCCUAGAAAAACUGCAAGCUGAAAUUAUUUUUGCAGAAACCAAAGAGAAACAGCACUUGGACAUAUUGAAAGAAGCAGCAAUGUUGUUAGAGGAGAAAAAGAGUGAAUUGGAAAGAUUGAAUAGCGAGGUUAAAGUGCUCCAGGAAGAGUUUGUGAUGUUGGACAGAUGUUCGGGCCAAAAGAAAGAAGAGCUUAACUUCCUGCAAAAUGAUAUUGACAAGAAGAAAGCAAGCCUUUCAGAGGUUCUUUUGGAUGGUGAGGCAGAGGUGGUCAAUAAACAGCGACAAAUUCGGGAACUGAAGGCAUUGCUUGAAGAGAUGAGUGCAAAGAAAGGAGAACUGAAUGCUCAAAUUACCGAGAAGAGUUCACACCUCUCCUUAUCAAAGCAAGAAGUGACAAAUGGGGAAGACAAGCUUCGGAGCAUCCAAGCGCAGAUAAAUAAGCAAAGGACAGAACUGAAACAUGUUGUGAAAAUGGUGCAGUUAGAAAAUGAUCAACUCUUGGGAUUGAAAGAGCAGCAUGAUAAGAAAAUCAUGCAACUGGAGAGGACACACGCUACGCUGCAGAAGGAGAAGAGUGAACUGGAAAGCCUGCAGCUUAUCUCCCAGAAUCAGCAAGCAGAAAUAGAAAAUCUGAAACAGGGUUUUGAGAAGGAUCGGCAAGAAAUAGACCAGCUGAACUCAAAGAAAAAUUCCCUUCGGCACAAUAUUGAAUCUCUGGAUAAAGAGAAAAAACACAUUGGGGAGAAUUGCCUUGUGCUGGAGAAUAAACUUUCUCAAACAAAAAGAGCUGUUGAAGCCACGGAAGGUCUCAACAGAAAUGCUCUAUCUAAACUGCAGAAACUACAAACAGAGAUGAGUGAACUGAAUCAGGAAAUAAAUCAAAUUAAGAUCCAGAAGGACGAAUUAAAUAAGAAGACAGCAUAUACACAAAACUGUCUACAAGAGGAAAAGGCAGACCUGGAAAAGCUAAUUGAUAACUUCCGAAAUACUAAAGAUCAGCUGCAGUUAGCUGAACAGGAUCUUCAGAAUGUCACUAAAAAACAUGACAUGUUAAAAGCUGAGCAGCUGACUUUGAAAGAAAAUGUUAAUCAAAGCAAAAGUAAAUACCAAUCCUACCUGGAGAAUGGAAAAAAGAAAGCACAAGAGUUACUACGAAUUCAGCAACAAAUUGAAGAAAAGCAGUGCGAACUCGCAGAACAGCAAAAGAUGUUGCAGUGUAUUAAAAAGGAUGUUAAAUGUGAGGAGACAAAAUUGGAGCAAUCUGCAACUAAAGUGAAGGACCAGAUCCAAGGUUUGGAGGCCGAAUUGUCAGACAAGAAAAAUGAACUGGACCAGGUAGUUGCGGAAGUGAACUUGAUGGAAGAACAAUCAAGAAAAAUACAACAUAAUCAGCAACAGUGCGUUGUUUUGGAGGGCCAAAUUGUCACCUUGAGGCAUCAGCUCUCUGAUCGGCAGCAACAGCACCAGGAGACAAUGAAUGAACUGUCAUUUCUUCAAAAAGAAAUUCAGUUCUCAAAAAACAAUGUAACCCAUCUUCAAGAGUGGAUUCAUUCAGAGAAGAAAAAGACAGAAAAGCAAGUUGCAGUCGUCACAGAAGAGUCCAAAGCUCAGAGAGCUCAGCUGGAGAAGGCUCUUAAUGAACAGAAGUACGCAAAUAACAGACUGCAGAAGGAAUUAUCUUCAGUAGACCAGGUUGCUCGUGAUAACCACACCCGAGCGGAAAGUGUCAUGAAUGAAUUGAGUGAGAUGAGAGAGAAAUAUUUUGAACUUAAACAACAGCUGAGAAGUCAGGAACAAAUGGAGCAACGUCAGAAAGAGAUAAAGGAAGCAAUAAGAAUACUUCGGUCCGAUGUUAAAGCAGAAAUUGGCCGUGGUUUGAAAGAUUUAGAUCCAUCUUAUGUGAAACCAGUGAAUGAUGUGGAUACCACUUUGGAAGAGGCAGAAACUCUUCUACAUGAAAAAGAAAGCCUUAAGGAGAAUUUCCCCUUUCCUGCCAAUGGGAGCAGGUACCCCACGUAUGAUGAGAAAUUAAGGACGAGCAAGUACAAUUUUAAGGACGAACAGUGGCGAGGAGAGGUGCUAAGAGAAAACCUACGACAACACGAAGAUCGUCUUAAGGCACAGAUUCGUCAAUGCAUGUCAGAACAGGCUGAAGUACUCGGUAUACGAAAGCAGCAGACAGAGGGUAAUCUGACCAGCCUGAGAAAGCGAGUUGAUGCCUUGGAUGAACUUGUUACCAGCAUGAAUGUAACUUCGUUUCAGCAACAUCAACCCUCGUUGAAUGAUGGUCCAAAUAAGACUCCAGUCCACGGAAUAUUGAGGUCACCUUCCAGAAGACCAAGUGAAAAACCUUCACAGACAAGGAGUUCCCAUUUGCUUAUUACUGAACCACGAAUUUCUGAAAAAGAUCCAGAUGAUAGUUGGUAACUUUACAGUGAUCGUUGUUUCAUGAUAAAGAAUCUUCAAUGGUUGGAGGUGUCACUAACCACAAGUACUUCCAAGAAAACUGAUCUACCUCAGUUACUUCACUCUCCUGUGGAUCGCCUUAUACAGGUUGUUGUCCUGUACACACUGUUGCCUUUUUACAAUGGUUGCUAUGAAAGUAUUCAGCAAGCAGUCCAAUGCAGGUAUUCGGGGAUACUGUUAUCUAUCUUAGUUGCUGUUGUAAGAUCUGGAUAUUUAAAUUUAACAAUAUUUUUAUACAGUUAUUGUACACAGUUCUGUGCUGUGAUUGCACCGUAAGUUCGUAUUUUGUAUUUAUAUAAAUCUUGUGCAUUUAUCUGUACAUUUUACAUUUUAUCUUUUUGCAAUAAUAAAGAUUCAUUGAAAUACUGGCAA